CAAGUACCUCUGGUUUCUUGGGGACAGCUUGGUUCUGCACCAGGUUGGAUGAGUCUGUGAACCUAAUGUUAAACUCUGCAGGCCUAACUUGCGUUCAGUGUUCAGCAGAGUCGGGCUGAUGAGCCAGAAAUCCUGGAGUCCAUUGGAGAGUCGUCUUUUAAAAUUGAAGGAAUGCCAGGCACAGUGCAGUGUGGGGCUCCUAAAGUAACUCCUAUUAAAUAGAGCCUGACUGUGUGAGAUGGUCUCAGGGAGAUGGUCCAGCUGCACUCAGUAUGAACUUUGGGAUUGUAUGUUCACUUAGUGAAGGGAUAUCCCUUAGGCAUGUUUGGUGUAAGCAGGCCAGCCAUAUUUCUUCAGAUGACAAGUGCUUCCUAGAAAACAUUUGAAGAUGGGAGAAGUUCCAGCUUCUUUGUCUGUGGUGGAGAUGAUCUAGUCGAGAGGAGAAGCACUGAUGAUGCAGGAGCUAUUCCUGAGUGAGGCCCUGGGGCCGAUGGGUCUGGUGCAGGGGGAGGUGCGGCAGGCCAUUGUUGUCCCAGGUCAGCCCAGGUGUGGGCAUAAAGGCUGGGAAGCUGGACCCUGUGGCUGGGGCUCUUGGCAGGCGCUGUUUUCUUCUUCUCUUGUAUUUACUGAAGAGGCACAGUCACCAUCUGAGAGGAGGAGAUGUUGGAGGUUUGAACAGAGGAGAGAGCAGGGAAAAGAGAGCUCGUCACCAAGGAGAAUGGAGAGUUGACGUUAACUGGGAAAGGAGACCUUAAACCACAUGGCUUCAUGUGAGCACCUUUAUACUUCCCACCUGGAGACCCGGGCGGGCAGCCCGAGGAGAAAACGGUGGCUGGACAGGGUUCCUCUUUGCUGGCUCUGCCACCCUCAGCAGGCAGCUUCUGUCUGGUGCUCUGUGAGCAGCUGUAAAUGACAUGCGUGCGCAGGGAGUGCGUGCAGGGGAGGAAGUGGGGGCUUCAAGGGCCACCACUGAAGUCACAUACACCACUUCUGUUUCAUCUCAUUGGCCAGUUUUACCUAGGGCUGCACCUAGCUUUGCCAGAGCUUGAGGAGUGUUUUUAGUUAGGUGACUCUGCCACAUGUGGAUGUUUUAUUAAUAAGGGACAACUGUCAUCACAGGCCAGGAGCUGGAAAUGUAUGGCCUUGUUUGGGCCUGUUUUUCCAGAUGAGGUUCUGACAGGCAGCCACGCCCUUUCAUUUACCUAUAGUAUGUGGCUGCUUUCGUGCCUCCAGGCCGAGGUGAGUAGUUGCAAUGGAGACUUUAUGGCCCACAAGACCUAAAAUAUUUCCUCUCUGGCUCUUAUAGACAACUUUUGCUCACCCUUCCUAGGAAGAAGAAGGGAGGAGUUGAAGGGAGGGCAGGGAAGGGUAGUGGGGUCGCUGGGCAGGCCUGAGGGCCCUCAUUGUCCUUCAUGUGAAGAGAGGCUGUUUGUCUAGAAUGAGAGUCGUUUGUCUUGAAAACAAAUAGUUGAGCAUCAUUCAGCUCUUCUGCUCACUGUUGUGUGUUUUUGAAAACCUCCAUCAGGAAGUGUUGAGGUGAGGCCGUCAACACAGCUGCGUUGACAGUUGGAGAACAGGCACGGGGAAGCCGAGAGUUGGUUGCAUCAGGAAUUCCAGCAAUGCCAGAGAAGGGCGAGGGGCUUGCAAGUGUGUUUGGGGAAGCUGUAGUGAUCCAUUGUAGACUCUAAGCUGCUCAGUGGAAGAAGGCAGGACAGCAGGGCAGCGAGUGACUGGUCGGUGGUAGUGGGGUCAGUAGCUCACGGGCCUCAGUGGGCCUAAAGUUUCCCUGGGAGCCAAGUGCUAGAGAGGUGGGCAGAUGGGAGUGGCUGGACAGGGGAAGCUGGCCCAGAGGUCUGGGAAGGAUCCGGGUCUUGGUAAUGAUGAAGCCUGGGGGGCUGUGGCCUGGGGGGCUGAGAUGGGCCAGGACCGUGGGAGGAGAAUGAUGGGUGGAAUUUAGAGGCCAUGAUCCCAGGAAGAAUCAUCCAAGUGGACAUGAGAAUCACCCCAAAUUACGACAGCACAGCUGGAGAGACUCCAGGGAGCCUGGAGCCAAGCCCUCACCUUCAUCCGUGCAGGGAGUGCAGAGGAGCCCCCCGGGAGGGGUCUCGGAUGUGCAGAGCCAGGUCUCGGGUCGGGGAGAAGCGCACAGGCGACACCAAGCCCAACUUCUUCCAGGACUGCCUGAUGGAGGUGUUUGACAACCUGGAGCAGCACAUCCAGCACCCUCUGGUGCUGCAGUCGAUCCUCCGCCUGAUGGACAGGGGCACCAUGGUCCUGACCACCAACUACGACAACCUGCUGGAGAUCUUUGGGCAGCAGCAGAGCAAGCCCAUGGAGUCCCUGGACCUGAAGGACAAGACCAAGGUCCUUGAGUGGGCAAGAGGGCACAUCAAGUACGGCGUCCUCCACAUUCACGGCCUCUACACGGACCCCUGCGGGAUGGUGCUGGACCCAUCGGGGUAUAAAGACGUCACUCAAGACGCAGAAGUCAUGGAAGUCCUCCAGAACUUAUACCGCACCAAGUCCUUUCUGUUUGUGGGCUGUGGAGAGACCCUUCGUGAUCAGAUAUUCCAGGCCCUCUUUCUCUACUCCGUGCCGAAUAAGGUGGAUUUGGAGCACUACAUGCUGGUGCUGAAGGAGAAUGAAGACCAUUUCUUUAAGCAUCAGGCAGAUAUGCUGCUGCAUGGAAUCAAAGUUGUAUCCUAUGGGGACUGUUUUGACCAUUUUCCAGGAUAUGUGCAAGACCUUGCCACUCAGAUCUGCAAACAGCAAAGCCCAGAUGCUGACCGAGUGGACAGCACCACAUUAUUGGGUAAUGCAUGCCAGGACUGUGCAAAGAGGAAGUUAGAAGAGAAUGGAAUCGAAGUUUCAAAAAAACUCAGACAAUCAGAUACUGAUGAUGCUGGAGGGUCUUGAAAUCUUUAAAACCAGUAAAACCUGCAACUUGAAAACCAGCCUUCUGUAACCACAGUGCCCAAACGAAGAGGAGUGUAUGGAGAACUCCACGUGGAUCUCUGAUUGCGAAACCUCACAUACACCAAGAGAGCCACAUGGGCACACGUGUGGCCCUCAAGGCUGGGUGAGAGGGCUCCCCUGUGUGUUGAACUGUGCAGGAGGUGACGCGGACACACUUCAGGUGGACUUGGCAAGGACUGAUGGACAGCUACCUCAGGCCAGAAUCCAUGGGAAGGGGCGGACCUGGUGUUCCCGUUCCCAUCUGACAGGCUCUCUUUUGUGAAGGUGGUAUUUUUUGUAAUAAGAGGGGAAGAGUAAAGACUGUCCAAGCAACGGUAGUUGCCAAAGAGAAAAUACAAAAUAGACACUUUUUUUUUUUUUUUUUUUUUUGAGUCAGAGUCUCACUGUCAUCCAGGACAGAGUGCAGUGGUGCGAUCUCAGCUCACUGCAGCUUCCACCUCCUGGGCUCAAGUGAUUCUCCUGCCUCAGCCUCCUGAAUAGCUGGGAUUACAGGCGUCUACCACCAUGCCUGGCUAAUAUUUGUAUUUUUAGUAGAGUUGGGAGUUUCACCAUGUUGGCCAGGCUGGUCUCGAACUCUUGACCUCAGGUGAUCCGCCCGCCUCAGCCUCCCAAAGUGCUGGGAUUACAGGCAUGAGCCACUGUGCCCAGCGAAAUAAACACAUCUUAUAAUUUGUUUAUGGAAACAUGUUACUAUAGAAAGCAUUUUAAAGGUAUGUUUGUUCCACUGUUAAAUAGUAAAGAAUGAAUCUGCUAGUGAAAAUGGUAUGUUUUUAGGGAGAACAACUGGAUCAAAGGGAUUCUUUGGAAUUAGGUUGUUUUAGUAACUUCUGUUCCAAAGAAACACAGGUCUGAUAUUGCUAAGAACUGUGAAAUCGGAGGAGCCAGAGGCCCUUUGCAGAAGUUCAGGCCAGCGUUGUGCAGGGCCACUGUGGCACUGACAACCGGGACAGCCCAAGUUUGAAAGACCAGGUUUCAAACAUUAUAAAUUCCAGGCUUUGCAAGUCUGUUAUUGUCUCUUAAAAUUCUCUUCUAUGGCCCAUAUUAAGGGAGUUUGCAGAGAGUGAGGGAGGCAAAACUUGAAAAGGGCCUGCAACACUUUAAACCUUCUCAGUUCACCCACAUGAAACAGCUCUGCUGGGUGCGCUGCUGAUGCCCGGGGAACUUCUGUGUGACGCGGCAGCUGCUUCUGUGGUGGUUCAUGAGUGGCCCUACAGUGGGGGGCUCUCUUUGGAAACAAACAGCCCUGCUUGGUUUCAGUUUGAGGCCACUUAUCUUCAAUGUGACAUUUCUUGCCAAGCCCUGUGACACUCCCCAUUGAUGACUCCCACAGGUACAGAGAAAGUUAAGAACAGGAAACAGAAGGGUAGGAUGCAAAGGGAGGGAGAUAAGCCCUGAACACUUUUUUUUUCUUUUUGAAGCAUGGAAAACAAAUCUUUUAUGCCACUCCAGCCAUAAAUAAAAUUUUAACUUCAA